CAGCCUCCCGAGCGGCGAGGAGGCCGGAGGCGGGGUAGGGGAGUUGCUGCAGCCUGUCCGCCUGCCUGCCUGCCAGCCCCGCGGAGCCCGGAGCCCGCCUCCGCCAGCAUGGGCAUCAAAUUUCUGGAACUCAUUAAGCCCUUCUGUGCUGUUUUACCCGAAAUCCAGAAGCCUGAAAGGAAAAUUCAGUUCAGAGAGAAAGUUUUAUGGACAGCUAUCACCCUCUUCAUUUUUUUAGUAUGCUGCCAGAUACCAUUAUUCGGAAUCAUGUCCUCGGACUCCGCCGAUCCCUUCUACUGGAUGAGAGUCAUCCUCGCAUCAAACAGGGGCACUUUAAUGGAGUUGGGCAUCUCUCCCAUCGUGACCUCCGGACUCAUUAUGCAGCUCCUGGCUGGAGCCAAAAUCAUUGAAGUGGGGGACACGCCAAAAGACCGAGCUCUGUUCAACGGCGCUCAGAAGUUGUUUGGAAUGAUUAUCACGAUUGGCCAGGCCAUUGUGUACGUCAUGACGGGGAUGUACGGGGAUGCCUCUGAGAUGGGGGCCGGGAUCUGCCUUCUGAUUAUCAUCCAGUUGUUUGUUGCUGGCUUGAUAGUCCUGCUGCUUGAUGAGCUUCUGCAGAAGGGCUACGGCCUGGGAUCCGGCAUUUCCCUCUUCAUUGCCACCAACAUCUGUGAGACCAUAGUUUGGAAGGCCUUUAGCCCCACCACCAUAAACACGGGCAGAGGUACGGAAUUCGAGGGCGCCGUCAUUGCCUUGUUCCACCUCUUGGCCACGCGCACCGACAAAGUCCGCGCUCUGCGGGAAGCCUUUUACCGCCAGAACUUGCCAAAUCUCAUGAACCUCAUCGCGACCGUCUUUGUGUUUGCCGUAGUCAUAUACUUUCAGGGAUUCCGAGUUGAUCUCCCGAUCAAGUCUGCACGUUACCGGGGUCAAUACAGCAGCUACCCCAUCAAGCUCUUUUAUACCUCCAACAUCCCCAUCAUCCUCCAGUCCGCCUUAGUGUCCAACCUCUACGUCAUUUCCCAGAUGCUGUCUGUGCGCUUCAGUGGCAACUUCCUGGUCAACUUACUCGGCCAGUGGGCGGACGUUAGCGGAGGCGGCCCAGCACGCUCCUAUCCGGUGGGGGGUCUCUGCUAUUACCUCUCCCCCCCGGAAUCCAUGGGGGCCAUCUUUGAGGAUCCGGUCCACGUGGUCGUGUACAUUAUAUUUAUGCUGGGCUCUUGUGCCUUUUUCUCCAAGACAUGGAUCGAAGUGUCUGGAUCUUCUGCCAAAGACGUCGCCAAGCAGCUGAAAGAGCAGCAGAUGGUAAUGAGAGGGCACCGAGACACAUCCAUGGUUCACGAAUUAAACCGGUACAUCCCGACAGCAGCUGCCUUCGGAGGCUUGUGUAUCGGGGCGCUCUCGGUCCUGGCUGAUUUCCUGGGAGCCAUCGGCUCCGGCACUGGGAUUCUGCUGGCAGUCACAAUCAUUUAUCAAUAUUUUGAGAUCUUUGUCAAAGAACAGGCCGAAGUUGGAGGCAUGGGGGCUUUGUUUUUCUAAACAGGCCAGCAUUCUCCUGGCUUGUGACAAAAGGAGGGAAACGUCCUUUGACCUCAUCUGAAUUCAAUAAUGCCAUUUUAAUUUAUUUUUUUUUGUUCUCCCUUCUUUUCAAAAUGAGUCGCCCCAUUUGUUCAUCAAUGGGCUUGCGCACAGCUUCAGAGCUGGCUGCCUUAAAAGAAUCAACGUUUACAUUGUCUUGGUUUAAAAAUAUAUACUAAUAAUAAUCCAAACAUUUCUCUCUCUCUCUCUCUCUCUCCCUCCCUCCCUCCCUUUUUCUCUCUCGUGGCCUGUAAUGUUGGAAAACAACCCUUGAGGGAAGAUUGGUGGGUGGCCAUUGCAUUGCACAUGUGCACACUCGGUGGGCGUGCAAACCAAUCUACACCUGUCUUGUUGCCCAUUGCAAAGAGUUCCGGCUUGCUCCGAACGGCUUUGAGCUUGUUUCAAAAAAAAAAAAAAAGAUUCCUUUUCCUUCCUUGAAAUCUAUAUUUUAUCACAAAUUGCUUUUAUACACACACACACACACACACACACUCAAAGGAAAAAUACAACCCACCCACCCCUCCCUUGCAAUUGAAGCCCCUCUUUGGAGCAGACAUCUCAACCCACCCAACCUGAUUCUGAAAUUGACUCCGAGGGUGGGAGAUUGUGUCGACGUUGUGAGCCUGGGCCUUUCUGACUGGGGGCCAAGGAGGGAAGAGAGACCCUAAGUUGCUUGAAAUGUCACCCUGGUGUCUCUUUGUUCCAAAGUCAAUUAAAACAAAAACCAACCCACAGCUGAGAAAAGUUGUUGGUCUUUGAGGGGCUUGUGUUGACCGGACACCGAGCCUUUGUCGUGCUUCUUAGCAGCAUCGUAGCCGGUGUAAAAACAUCAGACAUUAAAAGUUAUUUAAUUAAAAGCUCAUCCUUGCUGUUUUUUCUGCUUCUUCAUAAGACGGCUUCUCUGUAAC